AAAGUUUUGACUUGGUCACAUGAAUCUUUCCUUAAUGUGACAACUAGCCCCGGUCUUAGUGUUGUCAGUUUAGUUUAGCACUUCAUAAUCACAUUGUGUUUGGUUUGUUGACAUCUUAGCUGAGCGUGCCUUAGAUACCAUGAACUUUGACCUGAUGGAGGGCAAACCAAUGCGGAUGAUGUGGUGUCAGCGUGACCCAUCACUGCGCAAAAAUGGAGUGGGAAACAUCUUCGUAAAGAACCUGGAGAAAUCCAUCCCCAGUGAAGAACUACUGGAUAUCUUCUCAUCCUUUGGAAGCAUUUUAUCCUGCAAAGUGGCUUGUGAUGAAAAUGGUUCAAAGGGCUUUGGGUUUGUGCACUUUGAGACUCACGAAGCCGCUGAAAAUGCCAUCAAUCAAUUGAAUGGGAUGUUUUUCAACAACCAACAAGUGUUUGUUGGACACUUCAAGUCCCGGAGUGAGCGUGAGGCUGAAAUGCAGGCGAAAGCCAAAAACUUCACAAACAUUUACAUCAAGAACUUUGGAACAGACCUGGAUGAUAAGACGCUCAAUGAGAUGUUCAGGAAAUUCGGUCCGACCCUGAGUGCCCGUGUGAUGAGAGAUGAGAAAGGAAACUCCAGAGGAUUCGGGUUUGUCAGCUUCGAGACUCACAGUGAUGCAAAGAGGUCCGUAGAGGAGCUGAAUGGGACGGAGUGGAAGGGUAGGCGGGUGUACGUGGGUCGAGCUCAAAAGAAACGAGAGCGUGAUGUCGAACUGAAGCGCUGGUUUGAGAAGAUGGAGCAGGAGCGCUUGAUUCGCUAUCAGGGCGUCAAUCUGUACGUGAAAAAUCUGAACGACAGUGUGGACACCGAACUUCUCCACAAAGAAUUCUCACCAUACGGGACCAUCACCAGUUGUAGGGUGAUGAAAGCAGGUGGACGCAGCAGAGGCUUCGGGUUCGUUUGCUUCUCGUCUCCAGAGGAAGCCACUAAAGCCAUCACUGAAAUGAACGGCCGCAUCGUCGCUUCCAAGCCAAUAUACGUCGCUCUCGCCCAGAGGAAGAAGGAACGUCAGGCUCACCUCAUCCACCAAUACAUGAUGAGAAUGGCGUGCUUCCAGAGCCAGCGUUUGCUGCUGAACCCGGCCGUUUACCAUCCAGACCCGACCCAAUCGAAAUACUUUAUGGCUCCACAGAAUCAAACUCAAUACGCCCUUUGUAGUUAUGAUGCACAGCCUCAAUCCAGCCCUCAGUGGGAUCUGUCCAGUGUCACGGACCCUCAGUCCAAUCACACUCAGGCUGUCUGGCCGGCCGGUCCAGGUUUCAUUCAUGAAGUGACUUCAGUGAAUCUUCAGACAUCUCAGUGUAAAUACACACCUGAUGUCCAUCACAAAUUCAUGAGCUCUGCACAGCAGCAGUGGACUUUACAACAGAUGCAGCCGUAUGUCUACACGCAGGGUCAAGAGUCUUUCACGACACAACUAUAUGACACAACUUCUAGAGAAGACCAAAAUCAGAUGCUAGGAGAAAUGUUUUACUGUUCAUUCAGCUAACAGCAGUCUCUGGUUCAGAACAUGACAGGACCUUUGGCAAACAAGAUCACUGGAAAUCUGUUAGACAGCGACAAUUCUGAGCUCUUUCAUGUCCUAUGAAUCUGUUUAUAUGCCACCCAACUCUACAUGUGUCACAAUUACACAAUCACAUUGUAAUGCAACAUUAUUUUAUUGUUAAUUUAGUUUAACUAUGAUUUGCUCAAUUGAGUCAUGAUUUUGUCAUUUGAAUGAAACACCUUAUACCUGAGAGUCUAUCCUGAGAGUUUCAUUCACAAUUUGUUUAAUACAUUUGAAAAAGUGUUCAUUUUAAUUUUUAAACAUAUUACCUGUUAAUUUAUUUGAUUUAAUGUCAAUUUAAACACAUAAUAAUUCAUAACUUUACUCUCUUGCUUGUACUAAUGGCUUUUAUGAAUAAAAAAUAA